UCAGCCCGCGAGGCUCAUCCAUUUUCUUCCUCUUCCGAGAUAAUAGGCACAUCAAAAAGAAAGCGACCGUGAACAGCGCGAAAUUUGAAACCCUCGACCGGGGAGCCGGCGGCCGACGACCAUCCCUGCUCCGAUCCACCGCCUCCCACCAGCCAAAAGCUCAGAAUACUUGGGAAUCAGGAGGGGGACGAUGGAAGACGGCGACGAGAGCGCCGCAGCGGCGGCGGCGGAGGCGGCGCUGGGGCUGAGCCCACAGGUUUUCGUCGACGAGGUCCUCGACAUCAUCGCCGACGUCAGCGCCGAGGCCUUCGAGUACUGCCUCCAGGAAGCAGCCGCACCGGGGGUCCUCGGUGCUACCACGGCGGACCAGAAGGCUGCGGAGCUCCAGCGGGGAUUAAAUGCCAUUCGCCAUGUCGUAAAGGAUGCACUGGAUAAAAGAAUGUCAAACUGGGAGAAAUACUGCUUCCAACAUUGCUUCAAUAUACCUGAAGGUUUUGUGGUGCCUGAAGAUGAUAAUUCUUGUGCAAAAGAGUCUCACAAAGUUGGGACUUCUGAUUCAGAUCUGGAUGUGGAACUUGAUUCCUUAAGGAGAAAACUUGAAAGUGCUAACAAGGAAUCUGAAAAUCUUCAAAGAGAGAUGUCUUCAUUAGAAAGGCAAACUACGUACAAAAGGAAACUUGAUUCUGCUAUUGCUGAGAUUCAAAAGUUGUUUGAAGACAAAUUCGUGCAGGAAAAUUUUGAAGAUCUUGCAAAGGUGAUACCACUGUUGCAGCAGAAAAUAAUAGGUAUGAAGAAGACAAGGACUGAGACUGGGAGCUUGAUAGAUCAACAGGUUUGGAACAUGAACGGUCUGAGGGACAAUAAGCGUCCAGCAUUGGGUUUAACUGCAUGCACUGAAGACAUUCAAGAGAUUGUCAGUAUCUUACAGAACAAGUAGCUUACAGUGUUGUGCAGCCUAUGCCAUAUCUGGAUGGCAACUAAUAGUCGCAUUCACAUUCACAUUCACAUUACAGUAUCAGCUUUGCUUUAACUUUGUCUAGCUAUCUUCUCGCUAGCUGACUCUCUCACACUGUGUUAAGGUGAUGUGGGACUUCCUGGAUAAGUUAGGGCUGCUAUGUUGUGUAGCUGUGGUGUAUGUGGUAUUUUAGGUUGUGCGUUAGUGAGACUUAUUUGAGGAUAAUUCAAUGUGCCUUCUGCCGUGCCA